CCAGGGGUGUUCAGUGAGCGCACAGCCUUGUUCCAGCUGCGUCGCCGCUACCAUGGGGCAGAUCGAGUGGGCCAUGUGGGCCAACGAGCAGGCACUGGCCUCCGGCCUGAUCCUCAUCACCGGGGGCAUCGUGGCCACAGCUGGGCAAUUCACCCAGUGGUACUUUGGAGCCUACUCUAUCGCGGCNGGGGUGUUCGUGUGUCUGCUGGAGUACCCCCGGGGGAAGAGGGCCAAGGGCUCCACCAUGGAGCGAUGUGGACAGAAGUAUAUGACUGCUGUGGUGAAGCUCUUUGGGCCCCUCACCAGGAAUUACUACAUCCGGGCCAUCCUGCAUCUCAUGCUAUCAGUGCCUGCAGGCUUCCUGCUUGCCACCAUCCUGGGCACUGCCUGCUUGGCCAUCGCGAGUGGCAUCUACCUGCUGGCGGCUGUCCGCGGGGAGCAGUGGACUCCCAUUGAGCCCAAGCCCAAGGAGCGGCCCCAGGUCGGGGGCACGAUCAAGCAGCCACCCAGCGACCCCCCGCCCCGACCCCCGGCGGAGGCCCGCAAGAAGCGGAGUGAGGAGGAGGCAGCGGGGGAGGGGGCCUCCCCGGGAGGCCCCCAGACCAACCCCAUGGAGGUGACCGACGAGGUCGUGUGACGUUGCCUGGGACCUGCCCAACCCCACUCCCACCCCACCGCGUGGCUACCCCGGGACGCCCUCAAUAAAGGCUGUGACUGCUGGA